UGCAUCGAAUCUGAGACAACUGCAUCAUGUACACCAACCCAAUCAUCCCAGGGUUCAACCCCGAUCCAUCCAUUGUGCGUGUUGGCGAAGGUUAUUUCCUGGUGACUUCUUCGUUCGAAUACUUCCCUGGGGCUCCAAUCUACCACAGCACCGACCUGAUCCAGUGGACUCUGAUCGGUCAUGCAUUGACACGCCCGAGUCAGUUGCAAAUCCAGACCCCGGAGCCUGGCGGCGGCAUCUGGGCGACCACAUUGCGCUAUCACCAGGGAACCUUCUACUGUCUCGCUGCUUGCUUCCAGCGCUAUCGACCCCAGGAGGACGAUCGGGUCUGGCCUCGAGGGUUCUACGUGAAGACAACGAACAUCCGGGAUUCUGAUUCCUGGUCUGAUCCAGUCUACUUUGACCAAGUCGGCUUUGAUCAAGAUCUGUUCUGGGACGAUGAUGGUACCGUCUACCUGUCUUCGACCUAUCGCAAGUUGGAUCGCACUCCCCAUGCCAAUCUCAAAGACUUUGCCGUGCAUACUGUUCCAGUCAACCUAGAGACCGGAGCAUCUCUUGCAGAGCCGCGUUUGAUCCGGGAGUCGGCGUCUGGUGUGGCAGAGGGCUCGCACCUCUUCCGGCGUGGGGAGUACUACUAUCUCUUUACAGCUGAAGGAGGCACCGAGAGUGGACAUUGUGAAUGGGUUUCGCGCAGUAAGACGGGUCCACUGGGUCCCUGGGAAGUCGCCCUGACGAACCCUCUCUGGAGGAAUGGAUUAUCGGACGAGGUCCAGAAUACUGGCCAUGCUGACCUGGUCGAGGACACCAAGGGACAGUGGUGGGUGGUGCUGCUGGGCGUGAGGCCGGUCUGGCGAGGAGGGGCUUGGGAGGAGUCUGUUUUUGGUCGUGAGACCUUCUUGGUGCCGAUGGACUGGGAGAACGACUGGCCCGUCAUCAAUGGUGGGCAGAAGAUUCCGCUGGAGUACUCUGGUCCCCAGCUGUAUCAGUUCGAGCACCCUGUCGCCUGGCGCGAUGACUUUGAUCAGCCCUCCUUGCAACUCGGGUGGUACCGGAAGAACACGCCCCUGGUGCACGACUAUUCUCUGACGGAGAGGGAAGGCUGUCUGCGUCUAUACGGCGGCCCCUACAAUCUAUCAAUUCCCGCAUGUCCGACUUUGUUUCUUCGCAAACAGACCCACCGCAUCUGCACAUGGGAAACUCGGUUGUCUUUCACUUCGGAGCAGAAGCAUACUGAGGCCGGCACCGUAGUCUGGUGGAAUUACCUGACCUACAGCAGCAUUGGCGUCCGUCGAUCGGCCACAGGUAGCCGGAUGGUGCGCUUCCAGCCCGCCGAAGGAGAUGUUCUGGACUUCGCCCUGAAGAGUCAACUGUCGGACAUUGUUCUCACUAUCGAAUGUGGCUCGUCCUAUCGAUUCGGGUUCUAUGAAUUCGCCUCUGCAGAAAAUAGGCAGACGGUGCAAUGGGUCGGUGAAGUGACAAAUAGCACAAUGACCAGAGCUCCUCCUGUUGGAGCGGCAUUUACUGGUAUGAUGCUUGGUCUGUAUGCCUUUGUUUCUUGA